AUGCAGCUCGCGUCAGGUGAUGCCGUCCGGGUCCGCGGUUCAACCGUGGUCUACAAAGUGGUUGCUGUCAACGGCAGCCUGGUCACCAUCAUCAUCUCGAACCCGCAGCCCGAUGGUCAAUAUCUCCCAUUCAGCUCGACCGCGCUGCAAACCGUAGACGAAUCCCGCUUAGAAGUGGCGGAGGAUGUCGUCUGA